AACUAGAACAAAUAUCGACUGGGUUUAAUUACUUCCACGAAACCCAGUGAAAAUAUUAGGAAAUUGCCUGAAAGUCACGUGGCGGGGUCGCAAAAAAUCGCAACGCCUGAUUGAAUCGAUAUACAACCAACUCUGCGACUUAAAAAUUGAUACAAAUCACAAAAUCCGACUCGCAGCAAUGGAAUCCCAAGAAAAUAAUCACAACGAUCGCGGAAAAGUCAGACCAAAACCCGACCAAAAACGCCCCAAAAAAUACACCCACCCCCUCCAAAAAGGCAUCCGCGACUUCGUAACAAAACACCUCCCACCAUCCCACCUCCCAGACUACAACCUCUCCCUAGAAACCCUCGUGGAAGCUCUCCCAAAACGCUACACAGUAUACCAACCCCUCCUCCUCCUCCCGCCAAAUGCCCUCACCACACCACCAGCAUGGGGCGCGCUCUACGCAGCCCUUAACGAUGCACAACGAGCUGCGCUGUUUGAAUCGGUAGUGGCUAAUUUUCGGACUAUGGGCGUUACGCAUGUUGCUAUGAACGCGCCUAUUGCACUGACUCAUCCGCAGGGGCAGGAGAAUCGGAUUAGAAGUCCUGUGGGAUUGGUUCCGCUGUAUGGGGAUUUUGGGACUGCGCCGUCUGUGUCUGUUGAUGGGGAUGCGGCUAAUGCGCACCCGUCUGAGGUUGACCUGCAAAAUGCGUUGUGGGUGCAUACGGUGCAGAACCAGGGGAUUGUGCAGACCUGGGCGCCUUUGUAUACGAUGUUCUCGAGGGGGAAUAUUACCGAGAAGGCGAGGGUCUUGGGGCAUGCGGGUGUAUUUGAGGGAUUGGAUGAGGAGUCUUUAGCUGGCGAGGGGGUUGGGGAUGUUGGUGUUGUCGAUAUGUAUGCUGGGAUUGGGUAUUUUGUGUUUUCGUACUUGAAGAGGGGGGUUAAGAGGGUUUGGGGGUGGGAGAUUAAUGGGUGGUCAAUUGAGGGGCUACGACGAGGUUGUGUUGCGAAUGGAUGGGGGUGCAGGGUUGUUAAUCUGCGGGAUGAUGGGGGAUUGGUGAACGGGUCUAUUCCAGAGCUUGUUGACAGUCUGGAUGAUGACACGAGGGUGGUUAUAUUCCAUGGUGACAACCAGUUUGCGGCUGGUAUAUUGGACCAGAUUCGAGAUAUCAUGGCGUCCAGGAAGAGCUGGAAUAGCAUCAGACAUGUCAACUUGGGGCUGCUUCCUUCGUCUCGUGAUUCUUGGGACAACGCUACCAAGAUGAUUGAUAUGGACAAGGGAGGCUGGGUCCAUGUCCAUGAGAACGUUGAUGUUCGGGAGAUCGACAAGAUGCAGGACGAUAUUGUCGCUGAGAUUGGACGACUACGAUCCCAGAACUGCGCUGAUCCGAAUCCUGCUGAUCACAACAUUGACUGUCAACAUGUUGAGCGUGUGAAGACGUACGCGCCGGGUGUUAUGCACUGCGUUUUUGAUAUUAGAUUAUCAGUUAGUCAAUGAGCAUCCGCUGGCAAACCAUCUGAUUAACCCUUAAUACCGAACAUGACAGAAGCAAAGCUGUUUCAACUACUAUAGACCUCAAACUGUACUUGUACGAAAAAAAUGAAUUAAAAUAAAGAAAAUGAU